AUGAAGUCGUGUGUAUUGACUUUAGUUGUGGUUACCUUAUGUUUUCAGUGCGCUGAAUGUGAUUUAGAGGAAGAUUUUCGCGUGUUGAGUAAACAAGUGACCGCUCUCUUGGAUAAACGGAAAGAGGAUGUUAAGAUAAUAGAGGAACACAUAAAAAGAGCGAUUUUUGAUAUACCGGAGAUAGUGGAAAUGAGAAACGAGAUUAAGAAGCUUAGAACUACGUUAAAACAAACUACCUCAACUCAACCAAAGAUGGAUAAGAUGGAAAAGAAUGAUAUUCUAACCAUAAAAUGGCUUUAUAAUGCCGUAGAACAAUUAAAGACUGAAGUAUUGGAAGUCCAAGAAUCUUUAAACUCUUCCAAGAUUCUAGAAAACCACGAAAAGGCCGAAACGAAACUAACUCUCCUCCAGAGCGACAUGGCCAGUUUAAACGCGGAACUGGAUACCGCAAAAAUACGAAACGCAAAAUAUGAAGCCGAUAUGCAAAUACUCAAGGAAGAAUUGAGAAUGGCUCGGGAGAAGAGUAGAAAUACUGCUGAGAUGUGUGGGAGAUUAAAGAACCAAUUAAAAACGGCUGAAAUGGAAUGGAAUCAAAACUGGAAAAUACUCAACGAGAAAUCUCCAUCAUUAGAAAACGAAAUCAGCGCUCAUCCCUCCAGACACCAAAGAAUAUUGAAGCAACAUAUCGUUCGUCUAGAAAAAACUACAAAAACCCUUAACAAAGAGAACUAUUCGCUCAAAUCUCGGAUCAUUAAGAUGGACGAAGACAUAAAAGCUGUACAAAAGUCGCUCAAAUGGCGAGAAAACUUGGAAACUAUCCAAGAUAAGAAAGAGAAAUCUGUCGAAUAUGAAAGUUUAUCGGAAAAAAUAAUAAACAUAACAGAAACGCAAAUAUCUAACUCGAACUCUAUAACCAACUUAACACAACAGUUGGCCAAUUUCGAUAAGCUACAUUUAUCUAUGCUGGAACUUUUAGAAAACGUUGAAACCAUUGAAAACAAGGUAGAUAAAACUCUGCCGGAGUUCCGAAAAGAAAUAUCCAAGUUAGAAGUGCAGCUUUCCGAAACUUCGUCGGCCGUAUCGCUCGUGCGGGAAGAUCAAAAAAAUUCGAUUGACUCUAUGAAGGCGAUUGGAUUUUCUGUUUCAAAUAUGCAAGAUAAAACAACGGAGGAUCACGAUCAACUUAAAAAAGUUCAGGAAGUUGUAACGAAUUUGGUUAAAUCGCAUGCGGUUCAAACUUCCAAACUUCAUGAUCAUAUUCUGAAGGAAGAAUCAAGUUCUAUAAAUGUCAAUGCCACCAAGGCGACCAUCCAUCUAGUCCAAGAACUUAGAUCUUUCGAAAGCGAAUACAAAAACAUUGUUAACAAAUUACCUAGAGAUUGCGGUAGUGUGGAUGGUCCACCUGGAAUUUACCUAAUUUCCCCGGGAGAAGUUGAACCCAUUUUAGCCCACUGCGAAGAUGGUUGGACAACUAUUCAAAAACGCUAUGAUGGUACUGUUGACUUUAAUAGAAAUUGGAAUGAAUACUCUAACGGAUUUGGAUCUGCCACUGGUGAACACUGGCUGGGCAAUAGAAACAUUAAUUACCUCACCAAGAUGAACUGCAGUCAACUACAAAUUAAUAUGAGGGACAUCUACAAUCAACAUUGGCAAGCCAACUAUCAAAAUUUCAGGGUAGCUGAUUUUUCUGCCGGUUUCAAACUAUUUAUAGAUCAUUACAGCGGUAACGCUAGUGACGCCUUCAACUAUCAAAACCUAAUGGAGUUCUCCACCAUUGACAACGACAGAGACAUUUCUAAUACCCAUUGUGCUAGCAACUACGAAGGGGGUUGGUGGUUUUCGCACUGUCAACAUGCCAAUUUAAACGGAAGUAACCCAAGAAACAACAAAAAGGAUAGUCCAAAAGAUAUUGUAGCUCAAAAAUUUGAAAGAGAUAAACUUAUUUGUAAGCGGAAACGUAAAGUAGUAGUUUGCAAGUGGAUUGAUAAGAGAGAUCUCGUAAUUUCUAGUAUAGACUUCAGAUGGUGUCAGAUUGUAGCCGUAAUGUUAGGAUUACUUGAAAACCUAAUAGAAUUCAGGAUUACUACUAUAUCUCCGGCGUAA